UGAUAUUAUAGAAGAAAAGGACUCUGAUGACUUACUUUCUUCUAUGGAAUUAUUCUAUAAACAGGAAGAAAAAUGUUCUGGUAAAAUUGAAGACAGACUAGCAAAAAUUGUAAAUGAUAGCAUGAGGACACGUAUUGGAGAAACAAAAAAGAAAGACUUACUGGCAAAACACAUGAAACCACAGAACUGUGAGAAAAUAACAGUCCCAAGAAUUAACAAGGGCAUCUGGUCAAGCCUACCAAGGAAAGCACGGGACCAAGACUUAAAAUUACAACACAUACAGAGUACUAUGUGUAAAACUUUUUAUCCAUUGAUACACUUAAUGGACAAACUUCUGAAAGCACAGACAGCGAAACAGGGACUUGCACAGACAGAUGUUACAGACUGUUUUGCUCUGUGCAAUGACACUUUCAAACUUUUACAACUGGGGUUCUCGGAGAUGUCACAACGAAGAAGAUUGUCACUCAGACCUGAGCUGUCUAACGAGUACAAGGCAUUAUGUGCAGCAGAAAUCCCUGUCACAGAUCAUUUGUUUGGGGACGAACUAGAGAAACAAAUCAAAGAAAUAACGGAUGCCAAAAAAGUCAGCAGGAAAAUCACUGACAAACACAACCAGUCUCAGCGAUACUCCCCCAUUUAUUCAAAUUUCAAGAACCGUUACACACAGAACAGGCAGAACAGCUUUAAGUCUCCAUCUUAUGGACGACAUACAAUGAACAGGAACAACACCACCAAGAGCUCUUUUUUAGAGAAGCGACAGUUCCAAAAAUUUCAACGGAACAAAAAAGAAUAGAACAAAACCCUACAACUCUUGUUGGGAAGAGUCAUUCAAAAGGUAGAGACAGACAGAUGCAAAGCAGUUCUGGUGGCACCUCUUUGGACAACUCAGCAUUGGUUCACAAAAUUACUCCAAUUACUGGUGGAACCACCUAUUCUAAUUUAAGCGACAUCAUCUAUUAACUC